UCACUCCCUAAAAAGAUAGUGGAAAUAAAUUUGAAUAAACAAAACAGGCUUCCUGAAAAUAAAAUCAGGACUCCUAACCUGCUCCAGUCAGCUUGCUUGCUUCCACGAGGCCUGUCAGUCAGUGCUCCACUUGUGACUGAGUGUGCAGUGCCCAGCAUGUACCAGGUGGUUGCAUUCUUGGCAAUGGUCAUGGGAACCCACACCUACAGCCACUGGCCCAGCUGCUGCCCCAGCAAAGGCCAGGACCCCUCUGAGGAGUUGCUGAGGUGGAACACUGUGCCUGUGCCUUCCCUAGAGCCUGCUAGCCUCGACCACCACCAAGAAUCCUGUAGGGCCAGUGAAGAUGGACCCCUCAACAGCAGGGCCAUCUCCCCCUGGAGAUAUGAGUUGGACAGAGACUUGAACCGGCUCCCCCAGGACCUGUACCACGCCCGUUGCCUGUGCCCACACUGCGUCAGCCUACAGACAGGCUCCCACAUGGACCCCCGGGGCAACUCGGAGCUGCUCUACCACAACCAGACUGUCUUCUACCGGCGGCCAUGCCAUGGCAAGAAGGGCACCCACAAGGGCUACUGCCUGGAGCGCAGGCUGUACCGUGUUUCUUUGGCUUGUGUGUGUGUGCGGCCCCGUGUGAUGGGCUAGCCGGACCUGCUGGAGGCUGGUCCCUUUUUGGGAAACCUGGAGCCAGGUGUACAACCACUUGCCAUGAAGGGCCAGGAUGCCCAGAUGCUUGGCCCCUGUGAAGUGCCGUCUGGAGCAGCAGGAUCCCGGGACAGGAUAGGGGGCUUUGGGGAAAACCUGCACUUCUGCACAUUUUGAAAAGAGCAGCUGCUGCUUACCGCCGCUGGAAGCUGGUGUCCUUUCAUUUUCUCUCAGGAAAGGUUUUCAAAGUUCUGCCCAUUUCUGGAGGCCACCACUCCUGUCUCUUCCUCUCUUCCCAUCCCCUGCUACCCUGGCCCAGCACAGGCACUUUCUAGAUAUUUCUCCCUUGCCGGAGAAGAAAGAGCCCCUCAUUUUAUUUGUUUGUUUGUUUACUCAUCACUCAGUGAGCAUCUACUUUGGGUGCAUCCUAGUGUAGUUACUAGUCUUUUGACAUGGAUGAUUCUGAAGAGGAAGCUGUUAUCGAAUGUAUAGAGAUUUAUCCAAAUAAAUAUCUUUAUUUAAAAAUG